CGAUUAGCAAUGGCCAUGACUGCACUACUGCCACAGCCCCACAGGCUCCAAAUUCGCGGCCGCGUUAAACAUCUUCCAUAUCACUGCUUGAUGCAGUUCAAGUUCACAAGCACACACCAGCCAAACGGUCAAUGCGUGGUAUUAAAUCCUCCUUAAUGCCUUGGCUCUCACCUUGCGCGGCGGUGGGCGACGCCGUUUCGUAACUCUGAGCCUCCUUCGCCUCGGCGGCUGUACUAUCAUUCUCGCGGCAGCUCCACCUGACGCACACGCACACAGAAGCCAUGCAUCCCCGCCCAAAAUAUCCACAGAGAUGCCUGUGUGUUAUACCCUCCCUCACAGGUAAAAGUCGAAGCAUCGAAAAAGGGUCCUGCCGUCGACAGCUUGCCUGAGGCAAGGAUUGUCCUCCCUGCUCAGACACCGCCGCACCGAGUUGCACCGCCCCUCACACCGGGCCGCGCUGAAGGACGUCCCCGCCGUCCACUCGGCGCACUUGCUGCCGCAGUCGAUGGACGGUGCGUGGUCGAGGACGCACGACACCAGCCGCUUUCCCUGCAUGGGCGCGUUAACCCCGCCGUAGGGACACGCGAGGAAGACGCUGUCUACUGCCCUCUUGGUGAACUUGACGCACUCGGCAGCAACGCUCGCCGCCUUCGGAUCUGCGGGCGCGCUGCUCACAUCUGCAUAUACACCCACAGCUGCACGAGUGUUGGUGUUUCUUUCGCCCACCGGUCCACUCUGAGCAGAGGUCCACCAGUUUCCUCAAAGCGGCCCGGCUGGUUUGCGCGUGGCCUGAGAGCCCCGAGUAGGUGUCCAGCGCAUGGACGUGGUGUGACGCCGUGGCCCGGGUGCUGCUGCUGCUGCUGGUGCUCGGACAUCUCCGCACCGCUAAAAGGAUAGUUAGAAGCAUGCCUGAAGGGCGCCUCAUUU